AUGAGAAUAGUACCAAAAGCAAAAGGUUUAGCGGAGUUGAAAUUUUAUUGUGAAUAUUGUAAGAAACAGUGCAAGGAUAACAAUGGAUUUAAGAUUCAUUGUAUGAACAAAUUUCACCAGCUUCAAGUGCAAAUAUUCAGUGAUUAUCGAGACGAAUUUACCGAAGCGUUUUCUAAAGAUUUAGAGGACGGUUUUUUAGAGCAUUUGAUGCGGUUCCAUGAAUUCCACCGUCGUGUUUCGGCAAAGUUAGUUUUUAAGGGUUAUAUGAAACAGAAAGAGGGUAACGUCGAUUGUUAUUUUUAUAAGACCAAUACUAAAUGGGAAAGUUUUUCUGAAUUUAUGAUGCAUUUGUUUCAAAGUCGGAAUAAAAAGUGUUUGGUGGAGAGGAUACAUGGGGAGUGGUUUGUUAGUUACAAUGUUGAAGAUUCUGAGCCUUUGUUGAAGCGGAAGCGAGUAAACUUGUCCCACUUGGAGGAUAAGAUUGCCAAUCAAUAUGAACAUGACGUUAGCGUUGGUGGUGGUGGUGGUGCUGCUGGUGGUGGUUACGCAGGGACAAAUUCUUACGACGAGGUGAACCUGAAGGAGCGUGGAAGUUAA